AUUGAAAAACAAAAGGUAACGUGGUCACUCUAUAAACCUAUCAACACUCUCAAAAAUCCUAUCCACAUCUCUUUGUGUCACCCUUUAUUUUCCUCCACUUAAUAAAAACAUUACACAUUAUAUGAUCAUUUAACAAACUUUCAACAUUGUAGUAAAAUAGAUUAAAAGCAAGAAGAAGAGAGAAUUGUAUAUUGAAUCUAAGAAAUAUUAAAACUAAUUAGAUUUAAUAUAUAAUUAAGUAUGGCUCAAGCAAUGUUGCUUAUGCCUAAUGUUUCUACUAACACAGUUGAUUUGAAGCGAAAUUCAUUGCUUAAACUUCAAAUUGAAAAGAUUAAGCCUAAAUCUUCUUCUUCUCAUCUUUUCUUUUCUCCUCUUCCUUCACUUUCUUCUUCUUCUUCUUCAAAUGUUUUAAAGACUUUUGCUCUUUUUAAGUCCAAGGCCAAAGCUCCUGCUAAGAAGGUGGAGAAGCCAAAGCUAAAAGUUGAAGAUGGUUUGUUUGGAACUUCUGGAGGAAUUGGGUUUACUAAGGAAAAUGAACUCUUUGUUGGUCGUGUUGCUAUGAUUGGAUUUGCUGCAUCAUUGUUGGGAGAAGGUAUAACCGGAAAGGGUAUUUUGGCUCAACUUAACCUAGAAACCGGAAUUCCCAUCUAUGAAGCCGAGCCUCUUUUGCUCUUCUUCAUUCUGUUUACCUUGCUUGGAGCAAUUGGAGCCCUAGGAGACAGGGGAAGGUUCGUGGAUGACCCUCCCACCGGACUUGAGAAGGCGGUCAUCCCACCUGGAAAGAAUGUUAGGUCAGCUUUGGGUCUUAAGGAAGGAGGUCCUCUAUUUGGAUUCACUAAGUCAAAUGAGCUAUUUGUGGGAAGAUUGGCACAAUUAGGAUUUGCAUUCUCCUUAAUAGGAGAAAUCAUAACAGGAAAAGGAGCCCUUGCACAACUCAACAUUGAGACCGGAGUUCCUAUCAAUGAAAUCGAGCCAUUGGUUUUGUUAAACGUCGUCUUCUUCUUCAUCGCCGCCAUUAACCCUGGAACCGGUAAAUUCAUCACCGAUGAGGAAGAGGACUAGGCUUAUAUUAGCUUAGUACAUCAUCUCCUCUUAAGUUAGUAUAAUUUUUGGUGAUCUAGCUCCUUUAAGUUCAUGUACAAGUGCAAUACUUUUUAGUAGGAAGUAUGUAUGUAUUCAUAAUAACCAUGAAAUUAUGAAUGGUUAAUCUUGAAACAAGUAUUACAUUGAGAUUGUUUUUGCA